UUCGGGUAACGCGCGCGAGGGCACGUGAUAACACGUGAGAGAAACCGGAAGUCGUGGGUUCUGGGUCCUUUCCAGUGUUUUGACAGGAGUUGGUAUCUGCAGGUCCAGCGGUAGCCGGGGUCGCGUGUUCCCCCUCCUCUACGAUGAGGCGGGUGCGCGCGGCCGGGGAGAGGCUGUGCCGGCGCGUGCGUGGGGUGGAGGUGCUGCGCGAGACCUGCCGCCAGUACCCGCUGUUUUGUUGCAUUCUCCUGGGGCUCAGUGCGGCGACUCUCCUGCUCAGCCGGUAUCUUCAUAUUCUUAUGACCUUCUGGUCAUUUGUGGCGGGAGUUGUCACAUUCUAUUGUUCCUUAGGACCAGAUUCCCUCUUGCCUAAUAUUCUGUUCACAGUAAAACAUAAAACCAAGCAAUUAGAACUUCAAGAACUAUACCCCCAAGGUUAUACCUGUACUGUAUGCAAUAGUGCUAAAUGUAAUAGGCAUAGGCCUGCAUUUCUGCUACAAAAUUAUCAGCCAUGGCUUGACUUGAAAGUUCCUUCUAAAGUUGAUGCAUCCCUCUCAGAGAUGUUUGAGCUAGUGCUAGAAAACUUUGUUUAUCCUUGGUACAGGGAGAUAACUGAUGAUGAAUCAUCUGUAGAUGAACUAAGAGUAACACUGAGAUUUUUUGCAUCUGCAUUAAUUCACAGAAUUUACAAGGUAGAUAUUCCAACUGUUAUAACAAGGAAAAUGCUGAAGGCAGCUAUGAAGCAUAUAGAAGUAAUAGCCAAGGCCAGUCACAAAGUGAAAAAUGCUGAAUAUUUACAGCAAACUGCUUUAGAAGAAUAUGGACCAGAGCUCCACGUGGCUUUGAGAAGCAGAAGAGAUGAACUUAAUUAUUUAAGGAAACUUACUGAACUUCUGUUCUCCUAUAUUCUACCUCCAAAGGCAACAGACUGCGGAUCAUUCACCAUACUUAUAAGAGAAAUCCUUUCAGGUUCCGUUUUCCUUCCCUCCAUGGACUUCUUAGCUGAUCCGGAUACUGUGAACCACUUGCUACUUAUUUUCAUUGAUGACAGUCCACCUGAAAAAGCAACAGAGCCUGCUUCAGCUUUGGUUCCCUUUCUACAAAAGUUUGCAGAGCCCAGAAGCAAAAAGCCCUCUGUAUUGCAGUUGGAUCUGAAAGAAAUUAAAAACCAGCAGGACCUUUUCUUUCUCUUCAUGAACUUUUUGAAAAAAGAAGGAGCAGUGCAUGUUUUGCAGUUUUGCUUGGAUGUAGAGGAACUUAAUGACAAAAUCUUGCAGCCAGAAUUAUCAGACUCGGAGAAGAUGUCCCUUCAUGAAGAAGUGCAGAAAAUAUACAAAACAUAUUGUUUGGAUGAAAGCAUUGACAAAAUUGGAUUUGAUCCUUUCAUUGUGGAAGAGAUACAAAGUAUUGCUGAAGGUCCCUAUGAUGAAGUUGUGAAGCUGCAAAGAAUGCGAUGCCUUUUUGAAGCCUAUGAACAUGUUUUCUCCCUCUUAGAGAGUGUAUUCACACCUAGGUUCUGUCACAGUGGUGAGUUUUUCAGGCAUCUCUUAAAAGUAGAUGAAUCUCCAACACGCAAUUCUAAAUCAAACAAGAGUACUCAUAAAAAAGGAGAAUCAUCUGGAAUCAGAAGUAUUAGCAGCAAAAUUAAAGGAGUGUUCAAGAGUACCACAAUGGAAGGAGCAGUGCUGCCAAACUAUGGCCUGGCUGAAGGAGAGGAUGACCUUAUUGAAGAAGGCAUAAUGGUAAUGGAAGAUGAUUCCCCUGUGGAGGCACUUAGCACACCUAAUACCCCUCGCAAUCUUGCAGCGUGGAAAAUUACCAUCCCAUAUGUCGACUUUUUUGAAGACCCCCCUCUUCAAAGGAAAGAGAGAAUUCCAGUAUUCUGUAUUGAUGUGGAAAGGAAUGACAGAACAGCAGUUGGACAUAAACCUGAACACUGGUCGGUCUACAGACGAUACCUUGAAUUUUAUGUUCUUGAGUCAAAACUAACAGAAUUUCAUGGUACAUUCCCUGAUGCUCAGCUUCCUUCAAAGAGGAUCAUUGGACCAAAGAACUAUGAAUUCUUAAUGUCAAAGAGAGAGGAGUUUCAGGAAUACCUGCAGAAACUUUCACAACAUCCAGAACUAAGCAACAGCCAGCUUUUGGCUGACUUCCUAUCCCCCAAUGGUGGAGAGACUCAGUUCCUUGAUAAAAUGUUGCCUGAUGUAAAUCUCGGUAAAAUUAUAAAAUCUGUUCCUGGAAAGCUAAUGAAAGAGAAAGGCCAGCACUUGGAGCCAUUCAUUAUAAGUUUUAUUAAUUCCUGUGAAUCUCCCAAGCCUAAACCCAGUAAACCAGAGCUUACUAUUCUCAGUCCUACUUCUGAAAACAACAAAAAGCUUUUUAAUGACCUGUAUAAGAACAAUGCAAACCGCUCAGAGAAUUUAGAGAGAAGACAAAAUCAGAACUACUUUAUGGAAAUGAUGACAGUUGAAGGAGUCUAUGACUACUUAAUGUAUAUUGGUAGGGUUGUUUUCCAUAUUCCUGACUGGUUUCAUCAUAUCUUGAUGGGAGGACGAAUUCUCUUCAAACGCACCUUAGAGGAGUACACAGACUACUAUCUGCAGCACAAGCUAGAGCAGCUCUUUCAGGAGCACCGUUUAGUGUCACUUAUAACGCUUUUGAGAGAUGCUGUGUUUUGUGAGAAUUCUGAACCUCGAUCUCCUCAGGAUAAGCACAAACGGGCAAAGCAGACCUUUGAAGAAAUGAUGAAAUACAUUCCAGAUUUGAUAGGCAAGUGUAUCGGAGAAGAGGCCAAAUAUGAAGGCAUAAAACUUCUGUUUGAUGGAUUGCAGCAGCCAGUGCUUAACAAACAGUUAACUUAUGUUCUACUGGAUAUUGGGAUUCAGGAGCUAUUUCCAGAGCUUAAUGAGGUUUAAAGGAUGCUUCCUCUAUAUUACUGUGGAUGUAAACAUCAGAAUGCUGAAUUAACUCCAUUUUAUAGAUGGCUGCUAUAUGCUAAUUUAAUGGAUAGGUCAUGUGUUUAGACUUGUACAUUUGCUUGUAAAUAUAAUGAACUUUAAUAUCAAAAAAUGUCUUUACUCA